AUGCCUCUUGUGAUGCCAUCGACAGGGGUUGCAACAGCUGGUGCGGCUGAGACUGGCCAAGAAGCUCCUCCUCUCGCGGACGAAGCUGAUGCACAUGCUGGUUUUCCAGAUGAGCAGCCUACUCAGCAUAUUCAGGGGAACACACUCGACAUUGGCGGGUCGAAGGCCCCGUCGCAGUUGGAGGGAGGGGAAGCUAUGAUGGGCGGGUCGAGAACCUCGACACAGGUGGUGGGAGGGGAAACUACUCUGGAAGAGGGUUUGCGGAGGGAAGGCGGUGCAGAUAAGGAGAUGGAGGGAAAGGGGAGGGGCAAAAGCAAGUCGAAGGAUGCGUCGGAGGAGGGCAAGAAGAAGAGAGAGAGGAGGAGGUUGGAGAAGAAGCUGGAAGAAGAGCGCACCAGCACGGAGCAACUGAGGGCGGACUUCACGCGGUCCGUGACGCAGCUUGGGGAGGAAAGGGAGAAGUACGCAAAGGUGCUGCAGGACGCGAGGGAGAUUUUGGAUAAGGUGGAUGGGGUGUCGAAAAGCGCGGUGACAGCGGUGGAGCGAUCUGGGGAGUUGCAGGCGACUUUUGCGAAAGGUGUGGAGACACUCGUGACUGCUCACGCAGAGGCUGCGGUGAAAGCCGAAGGGUUGCGCGUGAAGACUGAUGAGACGCUGACCGCUGUUACAGCUGCGUCUGAACGCCUCCAAGAGGCCUUCGAGAAAUCCCUCGAGAAGACAGUGGCCGCGUGCGUUGAGAGGGUUGUCGCCAAGAGCCUGGAAACAAUCGGUGCCUCCAUCGUCACGGCUGUUGAUGAUCGUGUCCGCAAGGUAGUCACCAACGCAACAAAGGGGCUGAAGGAGGAGGUUAUCAGCGAGGUGAAGGAGGCGACGCAGAAAGCGUUCGGAGAAGCUGGAUUCGCGGCUCUUCUUGGGGUGUUUGCAGCAAUGUCAGGGCUGGCCCGUCAUGGUGCGGGAGGUGGUGCCGGUGCAAAGCAUCCACGUGGAGACGAUGGGAGCGCGGCGCGAGGUGGUGUGGCGCGAGAGCCAGUCGAAGUUGCGCGGCAGAAGAAGGCAAAGGUUGGCAAACAUGACAAUGGAGGGGGUCAUGUCCAGUCAAGGCAGGCUUCGCGUGUGGACGGUGAUGGGUUUCCGACGCGUAUGCAGGGGGUGGCGGAGGGCGCAGGAGUGGAGGGGGCGCGUGGGCCGGACGUGGGAGGUUCGCUGCCGUCGCAAGGUGUGCGCGCACCUGAUGCAGGACCGAAUUUUGUUGCGCAACCCUCUGCUGGAGGUGGUAUUGUGUUUGGUCUCCCGACGAAGUCCCAGGUUUCUCCGGGUGGUGUAGCGCAAACCCAACCGGUUGGGCCUGUUAUGCCAGGUGCCGACGUUGGCGGGUUGCCGACGCCGGUGCAGAGGGUGGCGGAGGGCGCAGGAGUGGAGGGGGCGCUGGGGCCGGACGUUGGUUGUUCGCUGCCGUCGCAAGGUGUGUUCGCACCUGGUGCAGGACAGAUUCACGGUGCGCAACCUUCUUCGGGAGGGGGUUUUGUGUUGGGUCGCCCGACGACGGCCCAGAUUUCUCCUGGUGGUGUAGCGCAAACCCAACGUGUUGCCUCUGUUAUGGCGGGUGCCGACGGUGGUGGGUUGGCGACGCGUACGCAGAGUGUGGCGGAUGGCGCAGGAGUGGAGGUGGCGCGCGGGCCGGACGUUGGUUGUUCGUUGCCGUCGCAAGAUGUGCACGCACCUGGUGCAGGACAGAUUCACGGUGCGAACCCCUCUACACCCGCUUAUGAUUUUGUGACAGAGAUCCGACGUGCCAUGGGACAAGUCGCGGAGGAAGAUCCGCAGGAGAGUUUAGGAGGAAUCAGGGCAGGGUUUGCAGGGCUGCAUAUCCUGCAGCGCCCGGACGAACACGAUGUGCAAUCGCGUCCGGAACGUGUCGUUCCUGCUGCACAGCACGGGGCUAUUCCUGACGGGGGUCUGCUUCGUUUGCCUGCGGACCUCGUAAAUGUGCAUGUCGGGGAUCCUGAAGGAUAUGGAGAGGAAUUCGAGGAAGCUGCACGCGAGGGGAAUUUUGCGGAGGCGGAGGAGGCGGAGAAUGAUCCUUCUGGCGCAGGUGAUGGUGCUCCAGCGGAAGGGGAGGCCGACGAAGAAGGCAGGCAUCGCAAGGGGAACGGCAUCCGCCCCGAGAGAGGUGGUCCUGGCUGGACAGGCGACAUUGUCCACGGCGGACGCUCCCGCUAUGUUGGCUACUCGUUGCAGCGCGAGGACGUGAUGUUUAACGUGUCCGUGGCCAUGAUGGUGCUGGACGGACACGUCUCCAAGGUGCUGUGGGAGAAUCCCAACGACCCCGAGGCGCCUGCGCGUCACCCGGAGUGGCCGGCGGAGUGGGCCGUUGCCAAGAAGCUGCCGAAAGGGUUGUGGACUGCCAUUUGGGCUCGUGGCUGCUGCAGCGACACUGGCAGAGGGUUGGAUUUCCAGGCUGCGGUGUGCGAGGCGACCGGGGACGUUACUGCCUCGCUGGAGGCCCCUGCCGGACUCCCUUCUAUUGCGUACGCAGUCUGUAUCGCCUCCACAUUCGCAGCAGCGUGGUACGUGGCCUCUGAGACUGCGCCACAAUUCGCGGAAGCCUCUCGCACGGCCGUGGCAGUGGGGAAGCAAAUCGACCUUCAGAGAGCUUGGCCACUUCUUCCGGAUAACUUGGAGCACGUGAUCUCGGCUGUGAUGCAUGUUGUAUCUCGUUCGGAGGGAGGGUCCGUUGCGCCUGAACAUGCGAAUGCAUGGGUCGACAAGGUCAUGUCUCAGGCUCUGCAGGUGGUGAACAAGCAGGGAGAUCCCUGGUCGCAGUGGAUCGCCGUGGAGAUGAUAUAUACCUUGGCGUACUGGUGCGACAGCCCCGACGGACGUUCUUCUUUGGCUGCUGUUGGUAUGGUGGUUCCUGUGACGGACAGCAUGAAGUCGAUCACCAAGUAUAGGAUGAAGCGCACCUACAAGACUGGCAGGUGGAUGGUUCCCGGAGCUAAGGCAGUCACCAAGACUCGCGCGCGAGGUGGUCGUGGGGGAAUGCAGCGCGGAGGUUCGGGAAAGCGUUGA